AUGCCUGUGUUAGAAUCCAAGAAUGCCGGCAAUGGUGCUGCGCCAAAGCAACAUAGUCAGCCUUCGCGAAAGGGCAAGAAGGCGUGGAGAAAAAAUGUUGAUGUUACAGACGUCCAGGAGGGUCUUGAAGAAUUGAACAAGGAGAUUAUUCAAGGCGGUGUCAUCAAGGAGCGACCUUCGGAACAACUCUUCUCGCUCGAUGUCAAGGGCGAUGCUGCUCUCGAAAAGAAGUUCAACAAGCACAUCAAGAAGGGCCUCAAGGCCGACGAGAUUAUCAAUGCUCGAUCGCCGGUUCCCGCUGUCUCUAUGCGCAAGCGACCAGGCGACAAGACAACCGACGGAAUCCUCCCCGCGAAGCGCCACAAAGCCGGUUGGGUUACUCACAAGGAGCUCUCUCGACUAAAGCGAGUUGCCGACGGCCAACAUGACAACACUGUCCAAGUACAGGAUGCUACCUACGAUAUCUGGGAUAUGCCCGCUGCGCCCAAGGAGAAGGAGGUCGACAACUUCCUGGCCGAGGAGGUCAAGCCCAAGGUGCCGAAGUCGAUGAAGAAGGAGCCCCUAUCUCUACUCGAGAGUGGAAAACAGAUCCCUGCUGUUCUUAAGCCUGGUGGCGCAUACAGUUAUAACCCUGAUUUCACGGACUACAGUGAGCGUCUAGAAGAGGAGAAGGAGAAAGCUCGUGAGGCCGAGAAGCAACGUCUCGAACAGGAAGAGCGAGAGCGAGAGAAGCAAGAGGCUGCCGCCCGAUCAGCAGCUGAAGCAGAGGCCGCCGAGGCUCGCGCCAAUCUUUCAGAGUGGGAGGAAGAUUCUGAAUGGGAAGGACUCCAGAGUGGUGCCGAGGACAGCAAGCCAUCCGUUAAGCGCCCGCAGAGAAAGACGCAAACUCAGCGCAACCGCAUUAAGCGUCGCAAGGAGGAAGAGCAGCUUCUAAAGCACAAGGCUGCCAUCAAGGCACAGCGCCGCCAAGAGCAGCGCAUCAGGGAGAUUGCUGAGGAGAUUGAGGAAAGGGAGCGCAACAAGGCCCUGGUUUCCAAAGAUGACGACGCAACCGACCCCAUCGACGAACUCCGCGAGGAAAAGUUGCGACGCAAGCAGCUUGGCAAGUACAAGCUUCCUCAGCACGAUCUUGAGCUCGUCCUUCCAGACGAGCUGGAGGAUUCACUGCGACGACUGAAGCCUGAGGGCAACUUGCUUCGAGACAGAUACCGAAGCCUGCUGGUGCGCGGAAAGGUCGAGAGCAGGAGACACAUUCCCUUCCACAAGCAGGCCAAGGGCAAGUACACGGAGAAGUGGACAUACAAGGACUUCAAGAUAUAA